AUGGUGGUGGCAGCAGCCCUCACAAGACUUCAGGAAGAAGUCAAGUGCCUGGAUGAACUGAAAGACCCAAUCACCAUCGAAUGUGGGCACAACUUGUGUCGCUCCUGCAUCCAGCAGUCCUGGGCAGAUCCACAAGACAGUUUCCCUUGUCAUGUCUGUUGUCAUCAGUGUAAAGAAAGGCACUGUAGGAGCAACACCCAGCUAGGAAGGACGAUUGAAAUUGCCAAGCUCCUCCACCUCAGCAUGAGGAAGAGGCAGAGCCAGGACCAGAUGAGCUUGUGUGAGAAACAYGACGAGGUCCUGACCCCUUUUUGUGAGGAGGACCUGGAGCUGUUGUGUUCCCUAUGUGCUGGGCCCCCAGACUACCARGGCCACUACAUGAGGCCCAUCAAGGAGGCUGCCUCUUAUCACAGGGGAAUGCUUGUAAAUUAYAUCAAGCCCCUGAAGAGGCAAGUGGCAGAGGUUCAAAAAUUAAUAAGCAUUCAAGGCAAUAAACGCAUUGAGCWGAGAGAGACGGUGGAACACCAGAAACAGAAAUUAUCCUUUGAAUUUGAACAACCGAACCAAUUUUUAGAGCAAGGAAAACAGGCAGCUCCUGCUAGGUUAGCUGAAGAAGAGAAAGACACUGAACAGAAACUCAGUGAAAACAUAACAGCAUUUUCAAACUACGCUUCUGCACUCAAAGGUUUACUAAGCAGGGUCACAGAGCACAAUGUGUUGUCUGAGGUGGAAUUGCUGUCACAGAUGAAGCAUUUCUACCAGAAGUCUGACAGUGAGGUCAGCCCACCAAUCUUUUCRAUUCAUUUAAGGAGGGAAACUUGCAAUCUUCCUCCCCAGUAUUCUGCUCUGCAGAAAAUAAYUAAAGAAUUCAAAGCAGAUAUAUUUCUAGACCCUGAAACAGCCCACCCUAACCUGAUUGUCUCUGGGGAUAAAAAAAUGAUCUGAUAUACAAUGAGAAAACAAAACGUCCCUGAUAUUCCAACUAGGUUUACAGUCAACCCGGUUGUCCUGGGUUUUCCAGAUUUCUAUUCUGAGAGGCAUUUCUGGGAGGUGGAAGUGGGAGAGAGAUCUGAGUGGGCUAUUGGCAUCUGCAAAGCCUCUCUGUCCACCAAGGCAAGGCGACCAUCAGUCCAGCAGGGAUGCUGGAAGCUUCUGCAACUGAAUGAUGGCUAUGAAGCUCCAGGAGCUGUUCGACCUCUGCUGUUAGACGUGAGAGCCAGAGGCAAUGGCAUUUUCCUGGACUGUGAGCUGGGUGAGAUCCCCUUCUACAUCURUACUUUCACAGACMCUUUUACUGAACCUCUGSGUCCUUAUUUCUUKAUAGGACCUGGUUCAAAACCUCUCAGAAUCUGUAAGGGAACAGAUUGUGAAUGA